GACUUUAUAGGUUUUGAACGCAGCCUAAUGGACCACAUUCUUUUCGGCUAAAUUUGUUUAUAAAUUGAAAUAAGUUUAAGUUUUUACUAUACGGGUGUGGGUACGUGGCUGGAAAUUUAAGUAAUUUCUAAUAAUGUAUUCUAUGAAGCCUAUAAUCUUUCAAAACUGUGAAAUAUCAUUACCAAAAUGCAUGUACCGCAUACGCGACUUAAACGAAUCUAAAACUCAACCGAUCGAAAACGAAAACGAUAUCAACAUUCGUGGCCAAGUUAUCAAGCUUAUUAAGGUUUAUGUUUGAUUCAUUACAGUGUUCAGUUUAAGCAUCUUUUAGUAGAUCCACAUAGUCCUACCAGUAGCCCUCUCUUAUUUAGCUAAUAAGAAAACAAUAUGAUAUUUUAGUGUACAACUACGAAAUAUUCUUUACACUGCUAGUACUAAGCCCUAGAGCCAGGGCAGCGUAUGAACGGAGUGUCAUUAUCAAGUCCCCAUGACUCAAUUCAUUCUGCCCAUUGCUCUGGCUCUAGUAAUACUUGCUCUGCUAUUUGGAGUGGCCACAGAUGUGCCAUCUGGAAAAAUGGCUGAACUUGAACAAAGGCAAGACCAACUUUUGAAAAAAUUAGAUAUCCUUUAUGACAGGAUUAAAAGUAUAAGUUCAAUUUGUACUCCAAAUCCAGUAAAGUGCAAAUCUAAAAUACAAUCUAUACCUGUACCAGAAGAAAUUGUGUUGAAAGUUAAUCCAGACAAUUUGCCAUGGUAUUUAUUUGUUUUCAUGAAAGAUUCUACCAUAAAAGUCAAUAUAUCAUGGCAUAUUCAUUCGUCAGUUACUAGUGAAAAAGUAAAAAAAAUACAAGCUUUUUUGAAAAAUAUUCAGAAUAAUAGCUUCAAAUCAAAAAUAAAUUUAAGAUUGAUAUUUAGCAGUGCGUCAAUGGAUUCUGAAUUGAAGUUAUCUUCAUUAUCAGUCCCAAUAGUGGGGAGUGUAAACAUAUUGAGGUAUUUAUCACUUAUAUAUCCAAAUACCCUUCCAUAUGACACCAACAAUCAUCUUAUGGAUGGACUCCUGGAUCUUUGUUACAUAUUAGAAAAAACCCCAGAAAAGAACAAAGAUGUUAUUAUUCAGAAAUUAUUAGUACAUUGUAAGGAUUGGAUUUACAACAAUGCAUUUUCAAUUGUUGAUGUGGCUUUGUACAAUGUUGUUAAACAACUAAGAAGCAAGCCAAAAUCUGUGCCAAGUAGCUGGUUUGAAAGGUGUCAAAAGAUUUGUUCUUAAAUUAUAAUACAGCAUGUGGAGUUUUCUUUUAUGUCUCUUUUGUAUGUAGACAAUGAGUUAAUUUCAGAAAUAUAACAGUUUUUUU